AAUAUUAAAAAAAAAAGAAUACUGGUUAAAUUAUUUGGCGAGAAAAACAAUAGACUUUUCCUCCGACACGCCAACUUGAACUUGAGUCUCAAUUUUUUCCCGAGAGGCGAAGUUGCUACUCUUCUACUCUUUCUAUCUUUCUUUCUAUAGCAGCAGCUAGAUCUGAACCUUUUGUUUUCGAUUAUCAUAUUUUAUCAACCUUCGCUAAUGGCAAAAAUCUUAAACCUAAGUUCUGCUACCAGAAUCACUCUGAUUUUGUUACUAUGCUUCAAUUCUCUUGUUAAUCUCCCUCAAACUAAAGCACUUUGGUUAACUAUCCCCAGUCAUGGAACUAAGUGCGUGUCACAGGACAUCCAAACACAUGUUGUCGUUUUAGCUGAUUACUAUGUUGUUGCUGAUAAUAUCAAGGGUCAACCACUUCCUACUAUUUCUGCCAAGGUGACAUCUCCGUAUGGAAAUAAUCUUCACCACAAUGAAAAUGUUACCCAAGGUCAAUUUGCAUUUACAACUACUGAGAGUGGGAACUACGUGGCAUGCUUUUGGAUGGAUAGUAAAAAUCUGCAAGGUACUUCAAUCAGCCUUGAUUGGAAAACUGGAAUCUCUGCCAAAGAUUGGGACUCCGUUGCAAAAAAAGAAAAGAUAGAGGGAGUUGAGCUUGAGCUAAGGAAACUUGAAGGAGCCGUGGAAGCCAUCCACGAGAAUCUGUUGUAUUUAAGGACUAGGGAAGCAGAGAUGAGAGAAGUUAGUGAAGCAACAAAUGGCAGAGUUGCUUGGUUCAGUAUAAUGUCUCUUGGCGUCUGCGUUUCGGUUUCGGUGUUGCAGCUGUUGUAUCUAACACGCUACUUUCAGAAGAAGAAGCUCAUAUAGAUUUUACUGUAUUUUCUGGCAACACUUGAAAACCAAAUUGUUUUUUCUGAUUGAUAGAGAAUCAGUGCUGUACAGUUUUUCGUCUUGUGGAUUUAAUUCAUGUAUCAUUGAGGCUUUGUGGAUUACAUGGGUAUAACACUCAAUGCUAAAUAGUCUAGAAUAUGAUCAUUUCUCUCC